AGAAGGGAGAUGGAGAGAAAUGAGGUCUGAAAAGGACCAAAUGACGGUUGGCAAGGAGAAAAGUGGCGUUGAAAUUCAGUUCAGAGACCUUCAAGGAGAUCAGGAAAACAUCCCCGGUAACCCCAAGCAAAAAGAAGAGAAGAAAGAAGUUUUUACAAAGGUGGUGAUUCGAAGGCUUCCUCCUAACCUCUCAAAAGACCAGCUGGAGGAACAGCUCAGUCCGCUCCCAUCCUACGACUACUUUGAGUUCUUCCCAGCUGAUCAGAGUCUUUAUCCCCAUCUGUUCUCCAGAGCGUAUAUAAACUUUAAAAACCCUGAAGAUAUUCUGCUGUUUAGGGACCGAUUUGAUGGUUAUGUCUUCAUUGACAACAAGGGUCAGGAAUAUCCUGCCGUGGUAGAGUUUGCCCCCUUCCAGAAAAUCUCCAAGAAGAAGCUGAAGAAGAAAGAUGCAAAAGCUGGGAGCAUCGAAGAAGAUCCAGAAUAUAGGAGGUUCCUGGAGAAUUACUCCUGUGAUGAGGAGAAAUCGAUGGCCAACCCAGAGACCCUGCUGGGAGAGAUCGAGGCCAAGACCAGAGAGCUCAUAGCCAAACGCACAACACCGCUGUUGGAAUACAUCAAGAAUAAGAAAAUUGAAAAACAGAGAAUAAGAGAAGAGAAAAGAGAGGAGAGGAGAAGACGGGAACUGGAGAAGAAACGACAAAGGGAGGAAGAGAAGAGAAAGCGUCGAGAGGAGGAGCGACGCAAACGUAAAGAGGCAGAGAAGCAGAAGAAGUUAUCUGACAAAGACAUCAAAAUAAAGCUGCUGAAGAAGACUGACAGAGAUGACGAUGUGGAUUCAGACAGAAUUAAGGACAAAAGUGACGUUGGGGAGACGGAGAGAGGAAAGUGGGAGAAGAGUGGAGGACAGAUGAAGUCAAAGGAGCUCAAAGAAAAAGGGCAGCCUGAGAGUGACAAGGAGCAGAGAGAGCAGCACGGCCGCAGACAGAGAGAUAAGGAUCACCGUGGGAAAGAUGAAGAAAGGAAACGACAGAGACACCACUAUGAGUUUGACAAGUUCAUGCGCCGCAAAGACGAGACCAAGUGGGGGAAGGGCUACUGCCAGGACCGGGCCAAGAAAGAGGGACACCAUCAUGGCUACUCGUACUGUCCUGACAGUGGAGACAAGCUGGGGAAGGAGGACAGGGAUGAGCUGGGUAACAGGAAGGAACGCCUCCGAAACAAGGUGAGCGAGAAGGAUCGUCCAGCCAUGCAGCUCUAUCAGCCGGGGGCUCGCAACAGGAAGCGCAUGAGCUCUGCAGGCAAAGGCUAUGAUUGCAUCCCUGUUGGCCACUCCCCUGAACCGGGGUCUGAGCAUUGUUAUGAGAUGGUUCCUAUGGCAACAGGGAUAGAGAAAGGGUUUGAGAAAAGCAAAGAUGAACAGUAAGCAGUCUGGAUGUUUAUAUAAUUUAAUGAUAAAUGAUGUGGUGGGAUUGAGUGGUUACCACUGAGCUUUGAAAAAUACACUCCACUCCUUAUUCGAGUGUUUUUAUUGGUUUAGGUGCAGUUAAAAUCAAAGCUUUGGAUGUUUGUUAAGUCAUUUGUUUUUCAGGAGCAUGAACAUUCAUAGCACACAAUAAAUAUUUGUCUAACAUACAAAAAUAAUCAAAGUAUUCUGGCAUGUUGAAUCUUUGGAAUAAACCACUUAUAGUAGUUGAGUUCCUUAGUGACAGCACAACUGAAUUUCUCGCUUUUAUAAAAAAUACUUCAUGCACUGUUUUGAUAAAUGUCUUGUUUUUGGAAACUGCAUCUUUCAGGUUUUUGAAUCCCAAAUCUUUGGAUUAAUUCCUUUCAGUCAUUAUGUUUUUGAAGUUUAUCGCAAUUAGAGUUAGCUGGCUUGUGGUUCCCAUGAGAAGAUCCUCUUACUAAGCCUUGUGGACUCUGCUGAAACUCAAUGUUUGUAAUUAUUCUACAGAUUUUAUUGAAAUGAAAUAUGAUUUACAAAUAACUUACAAACAGUGGAUGUAGAAACUUUCCUGAGGACAUGUGUGCAUUUUUAUGCUAAAAGGUGUGAGUGGGAUGAGUUAUCAACAAGAGACCAAUCGCAACAUGUUUUAUUGCCCUGUUGAAAACUUGUGCAUCUUUUUGAACUGAUCCAUUUUACUCUUAAGGAGUCAUAGGACAAAGACAACACUUUUUUGAGGGGAGCAAAGCUUUGUAUUAUCACCCAUGAGCCAAGAAGAACAUACUCUUUACAUUUCUAUGAAACAUUUCUGAGAAACAAAUCAAUGAUGACAGGUAAACGGAAAACACAUUUUUCUAUGCUGUGCAGUUUUAAAUGGAUGCUAUCAAAUAAAAGUGACAGAAAAGCCACAAAUAUUUAAUUCUGUUACUGUAAAGUAAUAUAGUGUGUUUAUUGAGCCUUAUAUGUUAUUUUUGCACAUGAACAAACAUUUGUCUGUCAUACCUCUUGUAUCUUUUUCUUUAAA